ACCAAAACAAAGGAAAUCGCGAAAAGAGUUUUUUUGUAAUUUUUUUGAUUUUUGUCGCGUGCCGAGAGUCUCGAGCACACCGCAAACAUGCGUUAAAAACUAAAACAUUCCCCGCACAUCACAUUAGUUGUACACAAACCAUUCCUCGAAGCACUUCUCAUUCCGCGACGGCGAAAGUUUCAAUCGAAAGUGAAAUCAAACAACAAUUUAGUGACUGACUAGAAUAACAAUUGCAACCCUUCCCAGUCAAUUAGCGAACAAAGAAAUCAUGUCUUUGCGACAAAGUACGAGUAACGAGGCAAUUAUUAGCGCAACAACGAGUUCAGCAACCAUCAGUUCGAAUCUCUCGAAGGAAUCCAAUGACACGGAAUUUUCCGAAAAUGGAUAUUUUUGUCAGGGAAGCGGGCAUUAUGAAAGUCUUGCAUCCCAAAUGUACGAUUAUUACAAACAGAACAAACUUUGCGACGUUACGUUGAUCAGCGGGCUCGACGGGAGACGAUUUUCCGUUCAUCGGUUGGUUUUGUCAUCAACGAGUCCUUAUUUUGCAGCUAUGUUUUGUGGAAAUUUGAGAGAAGCGACAGAACAAGAAAUAACAUUACAAGAAAUGGAUGGUGAUUCAUUAUUUCAACUCAUUCAGUAUUGUUACACAGGUACAAUCGAUCUAAGAGAAGAAACUGUCGAAAAAUUACUCGCAAACGCUUGUCUCUUGCAACUCACAACUGUCUCUCAAGCAUGUUGCAAUUUCCUUGCUCGUCAACUUCAUCCCUCGAAUUGUUUGGGCUUCGCUCUGUUCGCCGAACAACAAGGCUGCAAAUCUCUUUUGGAUCUCGCUCAUGCUUAUACCUGCCAAAAAUUCAUGCAAGUGUGCAAAAAUCAAGAAUUUUACGAUUUAAACAAGGAUCAACUUGCCGCCUUGCUGAAAUCCGACGAUCUCAAUGUCCCAUCGGAGAAAGAAGUCUUUUUUGCGCUCACGGAAUGGAUUCAACACGACACUCCGAAUCGCAAAAAAUAUCUUGCCGAGUUAUUGGCUUUGAUAAAACUCCCCUUACUUGAACCGUCGUUCAUUGUGGAUCACAUUGAGAAAUUAAGCGACGUGAAUGAAUGCCAAAAACUCCUUAUGGAAGCGAUGAAAUGGCAUUUGUUGCCCGAAAGACGAGCUGAAUUGGUCUCACAACGUACAAAACCUCGAAAAUCCACAAUUGGGAGACUUUUGGUAAUCGGAGGAAUGGAUUCGAACAAAGGUCCGUUGACGAUCGAGAGUUAUUGUCCGCGAAAUGAUGAAUGGAAGUUGUUGAAAAAUCUUCCGGCGAGAAGAUUGCAAUUCGGCGUCAUACAAAUCGAUAAUAAAAUUGCGAUUGUUGGAGGUAGAGAUGGGCUGAAAACUUUGAAUACUGUUGAAUCCUUCGAUUUGGCAAGUAUGGUAUGGCAACCUCUUGUUCCGAUGAACACGCAUCGUCAUGGAUUGUGUGUCACGUUAUUGGGAGGCGCAUUGUAUGCAAUUGGAGGACAUGAUGGAUGGUCUUACUUGAAUACGUGCGAAAGAUAUGAUUUUCAGGCGAAAUCGUGGAGUUUUGUUGCUCCAAUGCAAUGUUUGAGAUCAACUGCGGGAAUUGCCGUACUUGGAGGAAAAAUUUAUGUCGUUGGAGGAAGAGAUGGAACCAUUUGUCAUCGAUCUGUGGAGUGCUACGAUCCCCAUACAAACCGUUGGAGCAACAAAGCCCCCAUGAACAAACGACGCGGCGGAGUUGGCGUUGGUGUCUGUAACGGUCAUCUUUAUGCUUUAGGAGGUCAUGACACGCCCGCAUCUAAUCCCGCCGUAUCUCGAACUGAAACUGUUGAACGCUAUGAUGUCGCUACCGAUACAUGGACAAUGAUCGCAUCUCUCAGCACAGGACGCGAUGCAAUUGGCGUCGGCAUUUUAGGAGGAUCUCUCAUCGCUGUCGGAGGCUAUGACGGCAAUUAUUUGCGAACUGUCGAAAAAUAUGACGAAGAAACCAACGAAUGGACCUCUUUGGCUCCCAUUAAUUACUCUCGCGCGGGCGCUUGUGUCGUCGCUAUUCCCAAUGUCUAUUCAUCUACGGCUUCCAUUGUUUGCACAAACACUGCAAAUAACAACAAUAAUAACGCUACAAGCCCAACGACGACGAAAAAUGAUUAAUCUCAGUGAAAUAAGACUAAUUUUUUUGAUAGAAGUGAUUUUUUUGAAUUCUUUUUUUUCGAAUAUUUUUUUGUACUCUACUCGAAUGUAUUUAAUCAAUUAGCAAGUAAGAAAUGUGAUGCGAAACACAAAAAAAAUGUAUUAAAAUUGCCAAUUUUUGUGAAAAAAAGGCAAAAAAUAAAAAUAUCUCAUUUUUACCUUAGCGGCGU